CGCUGGUGGCAGUUCCGGCGGAAGGAAGACAGCGGGGCCGUGCCGCGGCGUGGGCUCGCGAUGGUGCAGGACCCGCGGGGACAGCUGGUGGCCGAGCUGCUGCUGCGGGCCGGGGUGGCGAAUGGCAUCGUGUGCCUCUGCUCCCGCGCCUUCGUGGAGGAUCGGAAGUUAUAUAAGCUGGGAUUGAAAGGAUUUUAUAUCCGAGAUGACGAUGAGAGUACGGGAGAGGAACAAGCAUCUGAGCAGGAGAACAGUUGUCCCAGUGUGACAUUGGGAGUGGAUGCUGAUUGUGCUCUGGACCUGGAAGAAACUGAACUAGACUCGGAGGCCGAGCUUAUGAAGAGCAUGGGGUUACCUCUUCACUUUGGUGGGCACUCAGCUCACAGGGACUUUGUGGCAAAAGAAAAAUAUAGAAAGAGAAGUAACAUGAAGUUUAUGAAAAAGAAAAAGAAGAAGAGAAAAGAAUUACAGCAAAUACAACAGGAUAAAAUGGAGCAGGGAUGCCAGGAUCACACUUGUGCUGAUCAUAAGCAUCCUAUCUCAGAUGAGCCAGCCUCAGCUACAGAGCAAAGUGAAAAAAACAGCAAAUCUCAGACUGCAGGUGAAGGGAACUGUGGAAGUUCAGAGAGCCUUGUUAAUGAGGCCUUACCCAUUGAACAGAAAUGGGAGAAGUACUGGAACGAGUAUGGAGAGGGCCUUCUUUGGCAAAGCUGGCUGGAGAAGCAUAAAGAUGUCUCAUCACCUGAAGCCAUGACAGCAUCUGAGCCUUGGAACAGUCCAGACACCAAGGAGGAGUGGGAGCAGCAUUACAGUGAACUGUACUGGUAUUACUGGGAACAGUUUCAGUACUGGACAAAUCAGGGGUGGACUAUGGAGAGCUCACACACUGACAGUGUUCAGCUGAAUGGGGUUACGCAGGAGACUGAUCUUUUGCAAGAAAUGGACCUGGUCAGCCCAGAGGCUGAAGGCAGCAAAGUGCUGAUCUUGGAGCUGUCUCCUUCUCACACCAGAAGUGAGGAAACACUCACUUCAGGUGCUGAACCCCAUCAUGAGAUAAUCUCUGGGAUUUGUAAUUUAAACCUAAAUUUGGACGCAUUGGAGCAGAGCAGUGCACCUCUAACAGUAACUAAUGAAGAGCACAGUUCAUGUAACAGUGGAAACCAGAGUCCCUGUGUUUCAAGCCAAAAGGAACCAUGUGAUGGAGGAACCAGGAAAAGGAGAGCAUCUUGUGAAAACAGAAGUAUUAACCAGUCAGGUUCCCAGGAGUCAGGUAACUCAUGUAGCUCAAAUGACAAAGAACAGUUGCUGCUUUGUGAUCAAAAUGAAGAUGAAGGAGAAGAGCCCCCUGAAAACAGGAGUGCCAAAGUCAAGAGAAGCCAUGAACUGGAUGUGGAUGAGAAUCCAGUGGAAGAUCCUGAGGAAACCUGUUCUAUUUUGGGCUUCAAGUGUGGUGCAGGACAAAAGUAUGGUGGAAUUCCAGAUUUCACUCACCGAAGUGUUCAGUACCUGGAGAAAAAAGCAAAACUCAAGUCCAAAUUUUUGGAUAUGCGUAAACCAAGGAAGAGCAAAAACACACACAUCUUCUUUACAGAAGAGCCAGAAACAUCUUGCAAAAAAAAUAAAACUCUGAAGAAGGUGGAAGCGUUCCUGAAGCAGGUUAAUGAACCCGCAGAGGAAAUUGUGUACCAGAAAGCCUCUCCUCUGGGUAAAGUUGAGGAGUCAUCAACAAGCAGUGACUCAGAGGAUCAGGAAAGUGUCACCACUGCACGGAGUGUGAGAUUCAGUAUGGAAACCCCUGAGCUGCUGCCUUCCAGUGUGGUUGAUGGUGAACCUGGGACGAGUAAGCUGGAAGAUGCAAUGGAUGCAACAGCAAACAGUGCUGGAUGCCAGGGAAAGGGAAAGCCCAAGUAUGGCUCUGGAAGGGUGCUGGUCCCUCUGGACAUACCAGAUUAUCUCCAGGCAGAAAUGGAGGACGUGAGCCCAGUUGUAGAUGAAAAAAAUACUGCAAAGAAGAAGGAGAGAAAAAGGAGGAGAAAGCAUAAGAUUGCACUGGGAGAGAUACCUCCUGAGAUUGCUGCGGAUCCUGAGCUGAUCAAGUACUGGGCUCAACGCUACAGGCUGUUCUCUCGCUUUGAUGAGGGGAUUAAACUUGAUAGAGAGGGCUGGUUUUCUGUUACUCCUGAGAAGAUAGCAGAGCAUAUUGCAGUCCGUGUGGCUCAGUCAUUCAACUGUAAUACAAUAGUGGAUGCCUUCUGUGGGGUUGGAGGAAAUGCUAUUCAGUUUGCUUUGACCUCAAAAAGGGUGAUUGCUGUUGAUAUAGAUCCUGAGAAACUCAGCCUUGCACGCAGCAAUGCCGAGGUGUACGGCGUGGCCAACCAGAUUGAAUUUGUGUGUGGAGACUUCAUGGUGCUGGCUGCUGACCUGAAAGCAGAUGUUGUGUUCCUCAGCCCUCCUUGGGGUGGGCCUGACUAUGCCACUGCUGAAAUCUUUGACAUCCAAACUAUGAUUUGCCCAGAUGGAUUUGAAAUUUUCAGGCUCUCCAAGAAGAUUACAAACAACAUUGUUUAUUUUCUACCUCGGAACGCUGACAUUAACCAGAUCGCUUCCUUGGCAGGGCCAGGAGGGAAAGUUGAAAUAGAACAAAAUUUUCUCAAUAACAAACUGAAGACAAUAACAGCUUAUUUUGGGGAUCUAAUAAGGCCUGACCUCUCCUGAAUUUCAUGUGCAUUCUUCUAGGUGCAACCUCCUUGACUACUUUACUGCAUAAACCUUUGUACAGCUGGCUUGUCCAAAACGACGUGAAGCUGUUUCCUGCUUUAAUUUUUAUUCUGAAAAACGUUUUGUUCAUUGCUACUGCCAAUAAAUGUUUUAUAAGAAUUUUGGCAAAUUUCUAAAACUAGAGUAGCUGUGAACGGAGGAGAAACUCUUUUUGACACAGUCUUGCAAGAUCAGUCAGUUGAAGGAGGACCUGGGGACUUCUUUGCAGCUCUGAUGUGUGCUGCGGUACUUACUCACUCCAUUGUGGAUGUUCAGGGUGUUGAAUAGUUUGAAAAACACCAAGUGUCAAGAAUGCUGUCAGUGCUGACAAAACAUGAGCACCUGAACAUAAUGUGGACCUACAUGGUGUGAUACACGGCGCCAGAUGCAGCUGUCACCUAGCUUCACAGGCUUCCUGCUCGCCUAGAAACCUUCUCAGGUUUCUUUAUGGUAUGAUGGCCUACACAUUUGUUAUAGUGAGUUCUGCAGUUUGCUGCAGCUUACAGAGAGAAUAGGGUGUGUUUGUGGCUGGCAGCAGGGCUGUACCCUCUCCUUUGUUAUUUAUUCUUUUUCCCCCUCCUACAGAUAAUGAGGAGAAACCUGACUGGAGGUCAGUCCCAGUAGCUUUAUUGGAAGUUAGACACAGGUUUCAUCCUCUUUUGGACACCUGCUCCUCAGGCAGGCAGCAUGAAGCAGCAGAGGGAGCACUAAUCCCCAGUAGGAGUAAUCCACUCCCAGUCUGGGUUUUGAGGGAGAGCAGUUGCCUUUGGACAUUUCUUUGGGCAGAAAAGGACUCAGGCAAGAAGAGAAGUGUCUGUAGGGCACAGACAUGAAAUUCUCGUUGAAACACAGUUACAGAAAGUAUACGAGAUUAAUGUUGAUCGUGUUUAUGAGGUAAGAGUGUAGGAAUACACUCUUAUAAAAAAUAAAAAAAUUAAAAAAAAUAAAUAAAAUUUUGAAGAUGAGAAGUGUUGAUUCUCCUCUACUUGGAGUGCAGCAAAUCAUGAUGUUGAAGGCAGCAAAGACUAAGCACUGAACCAUGGAUCUGUGCUGAUGAAGAAGGCUUUGUAGAGUAACAGUGUGGAACAAACAAAUGAAGGGAAUUUUUUUUUUAAAGAUAAUAAAGACAUACUUAAAGAUUUUAUUAAAUCUUUAAAUCAGUUAAGAGACUAGUGGGUUUGUAUAUGCAGGUUGUUAAAAAUAUAUGUGCAACUUGACUCAUUGCAGGUGCAGUAAAGAAGCACCUAGGAAAGAAUUUUCCAAAAUUUAUUGUCCUUCCAGUACCAGGCAAUUGCUAAAGUGUUAAAUGAGUGUUUCCUACCUUCACAUGUUUCAACUAUUUAAUUUGCAUUGCUGCGUUUUUUCCACUGUGCUGAAGAACUGCUGUGAUGGUGCAGGCCCCCAUGCCAGUGUUUAAAAGGAGUUGGAAAGGAGAGAAACUACCUGCUCUGCAGUGUUUCCUAAAGAAUGGCAAGGGAGAUCCUUACUGUACACCUGCCUCUUCCUCAGAAAUGUGUUGCAUUUGCAGGCAAUCCUUUUGCUACAAAGAGGAGAGUGGCAAGUGCUGAUAUUACAGGUCCAAGCCUACUGCAGUAGUAGCAUAUAAAUGUAGUGAUGUUAUUAAAAUUCCACUCUGACCUAUAUUAGGAAAAAAAAAACAAAAAAAAAAAAAGCCAUAAAA